CAACUUUUUCUGCUUUUUGUUUUUGCAUUUAUCACCAUACUUCGUUGCACUUGCCGAUACCCUAAAGUCCUAAUCCCAAAUGAUCGGAAAAUGCUGGAUCACUCAUUUCCGCUCUUUAAUUUGUUUGCGCAAGCGGAAAAAAUCAAUAUUAGCCGUGUUUAGACUUAGAAAUCGUGAGGAUUUUGGUUUUACGGUAGUUUGAGCUGCAAUCCGAUUUUAGUUAGGUCUAACUUUCUACAGUACAUAUUUUUUACUAGUAUACGGCCAGCUGGAUUUGGAUUUGGGGAUUUUGUUACACGUAGCUGGAAAAGGGGCUUUAUCGGUUUUAUUGGAUAGAAAACCUAGAAAUCGAAAGUGGCGAAGAUGAGUUUGAGGGCCGCGGAGGAUGAUCCAGCUACUGAAAUCCAUCUGCCAGCCGAUAUAGAUUGGGAGAUGCUUGAUAAAUCCAAGUUUUUCUUCCUCGGCGCUGCUCUGUUUUCAGGUGUUUCGGGCACUCUUUACCCGAUUGUUGUGCUCAAAACGCGGCAGCAGGUGAUGCUGAACAACUGCCCAUGCUUCAAAAUGGCGGCCUCGAUCUUCCGGAGCGAGGGCUGGAGGGGUUUCUACCGCGGUUUUGGGACUUCCCUCAUGGGAACCAUACCUGCGCGUUCUCUUUACAUGGGUGCUCUUGAGGUUACCAAGAGUAAUGUAGGCAAUGUUGCUAGCGUCCGUCUAGGGUUAUCCGAGGCCUCAGCUUCGGCCAUAGCGAAUGCUGCUGCUGGAGUUAGUGCUGCAAUGGCUGCUCAGUUGGUUUGGACUCCAAUUGAUGUGGUGAGCCAGAGGCUAAUGGUGCAGGGAGGUGACAAGUAUAGCGGUGGGAUAGACGCGUUUAGGAAGAUUGUUCGGGCAGAUGGGGUGAGGGGGUUGUACAGAGGGUUUGGGAUAUCUAUACUGACUUAUGCUCCUUCGAAUGCUGUGUGGUGGGCUUCUUACUCGAUGGCGCAUAGAGGGAUUUGGAGCGGCAUUGGAUGCUACUUCUGCAGUAAGAGUGAUGAGAAUGUUUAUAGACCGGAUGGGAAGUCUGUGGUGGCGGUUCAGGCAUUCAGUGCUGCAAUGGCUAGUGGAGCGUCUGCGCUGGUGACAAUGCCACUCGACACUAUUAAGACGAGGCUGCAGGUUUUGGACGGUGGUUGUGGUAGGACUCUCACGGCCGUGCAAACCGUGAGGAACUUGGUGAAGGAGGGUGGAUUGGGUGCUUGCUAUCGAGGAUUGGGGCCGAGAUGGGCUUCAAUGUCGAUAUCUGCAACAACCAUGAUCACUACCUAUGAGUUUCUCAAGCGGCUCUCGACUAAGAAUCAAGAGAGCUUUGCUUUGUGAAUCCAAAUCCAAGGGGUAAAACAAGUGUUUUUGUGUGUUGUCAGCCCCUUUUUGUCUGGCCUAUUAUCAUAGUAUAUACCAUUGUAAAUCUUGUAAAUAUGUAGAAAUGCAAGUUUUAGCCUUUUUCCCACUCACAUGAUGUUGCUAGACAGUUUAGUUUCUUGUUCUGGGGUUAUAGAUCUCUAUGAAAGCAAUCUUGGGCUCAGAGCUCUUACA